AUGGCACCCACUAUAUCAGUAGGAGGUCAAAGUAUAGUUGGACUGGCUUCUCACUUGUCACUCUACGCUGGUGCAAUAAUCAUCUCCUAUAUCACAUAUAAAGUGAUAUAUAACCUUUAUUUCCAUCCACUUGCAAAAUUCCCUGGCCCAAUAAUAGCUGCAAUAACGGAUGGUUGGAUAUAUUGGCAUAAUACUUUUGGGAAUUAUCACAAGACUAUGAUUGAUUUACACAAGAAAUAUGAGACUUCGCAUCCCCCCCACGGACAAGUCAAGCAAGGCAAAAAUGCAUUUCUUAAAGGGCAAGCCUACAAUACCGGUUUAGAAACUAAUGUAGGUAUUGUUUCAGCAAGAGAUCCAGCUGUUCAUCGAGAGAUUCGAAAAUCUCUUUCUCAUGCUUUUAGAGCUAAAGCCCUUCGACUUCAAGAGGAAGUGGUGGUAAAAUAUACGGACCUGUUGGUUUCUCAGUUUUGUCAACGUGGAAAUGAUGAGAAGGGAUUGAACUUAUCAGAAUGGUAUAAUUGGUUAACCUUCGAUAUCAUUGGGCAUCUCGCAUUUGGGGAAUCAUUUGAUACGGUGAAAUCUGGAGAAGGGCAUCCAUGGAUUAGUCUCAUUCUCAGCACCACACCCAUUCAUCUCAUGGCCGUCAUGGAAAUCUUCAGACGUUUCCCAUUCUUCAAGAAAAUUGGAGCAUUUCUCAUGCCUAAAGACUUAAAGGAAAAGAGCAAGGUGCACUUCCAAAAUGCAAUGCAAAAAGCGACCCAACUUAUGGAACGAGACAACAACGACCGAGACGACCUUUCCUCGCAUCUCCUACGCGAGAAAGAAAACGGACCAAAAAUUACCCCGGAAUUCAUUCUCGCGCAAUCCAAUACACUUAUUGUGGCCGGCUCGGAAACUACUGCGACUCUUCUCAUCGGAUUAAGCUACUACCUUCUCAACCGACCCGAAACACUGGAUAAUCUCCAAGAGGAAAUCCGCCACGCGUUCACAUCUUCACGAGACAUAACUAGUGAUUCCACAGCCGCUCUCCCAUACCUCGCAGCCGUCAUCGCAGAAGGCCUCCGCAUCUACCCACCCGUUCCCAUGGGACUCCCCCGCGACUGUCCCGGCGCCAUGAUUGACAACCACUACGUCCCCAAAGGCGCCGUCUGUGUAUCCGGAUACGUCACCACACAUGAUGAAGAAUAUUUUACCGAUGCCAAUACCUUCCAUCCCGAGAGAUGGCUACCUGUCUCCCACCCUCUCUAUAAUCCUCGGCAUGCAAAUGAUAAUAAGGAUGCGAGUAAACCUUUCUCAGUAGGUUCCAGAGCAGGUCUGGGUAUUAAUUUGGCAUACAUGGAGAUAAGAGUAGUUUUAGCGAGGUUGAUGUGA